AUGUCUGGCUCGGUGGCAAACCGUGGCCGGCAAUCCGUCGCCUACAAUACCUCCAAGUCUGCUCUUUUGCAGCUUUGCCGCAACCUGGCCGCCGAAUGGGGCCCCAACAGCAUUCGCGUCAACACAAUCUCCCCGGGUUAUGUCCGUACUAGUCUUGUCUCGGAGAAACUGGAUUCGGACCCCGAAAUGUCUAAGCGCUGGAGUCAUGGCAACCCUCUGGGCCGCAUUGACGAGGUGCCGUGUGACGUGAAGCGUUGGAACGCGCCGCCUCGGCAGUCGGUGGGCGAGGAUGAGAUGCCCAUAAAUCCUGGACCGCCCCCUGCUAAGUCUAAGAUUGGCGUGAAUGCUAUUCUGAACCACAAUACCGAGACCAUGGACCGCCAUACUACGUCGAUCUUCUCCGAGUUUUCUCUGGAAGGCAAGACGGCUGUCGUGACCGGCGGCAACCGCGGUCUUGGUCUGGAAAUGGCGCUUGCCUACGUCGAAGCUGGUGCUCACGUAUAUGUGAUUGACCUUCCCUCUGAGCCUGGUGAAGAAUUCCGGCAGGUGGCGGAGCACUGCAAGCUGAUGGACCGCCAGAUUGAGUAUAUCUCUGCGGACGUCACCAACCAGGAUGAGAUGAACGAAGCCAUGCCCUACAUCCUCGAGCAUUCCAACACCGGCACGCUGGAUGUCUGUGUCGCAUGCGCCGGAAUUCUCCAAACCUACUCUGCACUCGACUACCCCAUUGACAAGUUCCGCCAGAUGCUCGAGGUGAACACGACAGGUGUCUUUAUUACUGCCCAAGCUGCUGCGCGUGUCAUGCAUCAACAAGAAGACGUGAAGUGUUCCAUUAUCCUAAUUGCGUCCAUGUCGGGCACGGUCGUGAACCGUGACCAACAAUGGACUGCCUACAAUACAUCCAAGGCCGCUGUUCUGCAGCUGGGUCGCAACCUGGCUGCCGAAUGGGGCCCUAUGAACAUUCGUGUCAACACAAUCUCUCCUGGCUAUAUCCGCACCAACAUGGUCUCGGGCCUGCUCGACUCGAACCCGGAGAUGUUCCGUCGCUGGAGCGACGGUAAUCCACUGGGCCGCAUCGGUCGUCCCGAGGAACUGCGCGGUGUGGCUACCUGGCUCGCUAGCAAUGCCUCUUCGUUCUGCAACGGAGCUGACAUUAUCGUGAGCGGCGGCCAUACCAUCUGGUAA